AUGAUCUUCCAUGUUGAGAAAUUCGCUAAACACAUUCAUAACCUUGUCGGUCCAACGAUAUCGUCUCGCGCUCUUUAUUCAUGUCUUUUUGCUCCGUUGGAGUCGAAAACAUUGUCCGAUCUAGACAUUGUCAUCGCUAAAAUUCCUGUUGGAAUCAGCGAAGAUGAAAUUGUUCGGUCGCUCUUGAAUGAUCAAGCAUGUAAUUGCAUAGAGUUGUCCUCUGACCUUGUUGAUAAGUUGCUUCAUAGGUUUAAGGAUGAUUGGAAGUCUGCAUUGGGUGUGUUCAGAUGGGCAGAGUCGCGGUCGGGUUAUAGACACACACAAGAAGCAUAUGAUAUGUUGGUGGACAUAUUGGGGAAAAUGAAGCACACGGGUAAGAUGAAAGCUGUUCUGGAAGAAAUGGGUCAGUGUCAGCUUGUCGGGCUUAGCACUGUAGUGAAGGUGAUGAGGAGGUUUGCUGGUGCAGGGCAGUGGGAAGAGGCUGUGACGACGUUUGAUGAGUUGGGAACUUUGGGGUUGGACAAGAAUACAGAGUCUAUGAACUUGUUGCUCGACACCCUUUGCAAAGAGAACAAGGUUGAGCAGGCGCGCGAGGUGUUCUUGGUGCUCAAGCCACAUAUUUCACCGAAUGCUCACACGUUUAACAUUUUCAUUCAUGGUUGGUGCAAAAUGAAUCGGGUUGAUGAGGCACAUUGGACGAUACAAGAGAUGAGGGGAAACGGGUGUCUCCCUUGUGUCAUUAGCUACUCAACAAUCAUUCAGUUCUAUUCCCGGCAAUCUAAAUUUUCUAAGGCCUAUGAGCUGCUUGAUGAAAUGCAAGCUCAGGGUUGCCCACCGAAUAUUGUUACUUUCACCACUAUUAUGUGUUCACUGACAAAGUCAGAGGAGUUCGAGGAAGCGUUGCAUAUUGUCGACAGAAUGAGAUCAGUUGGGUGUAAACCUGAUACGCUCUUCUACAAUGCAUUGAUCCAUACUCUCGGGAGAGCUGGCCGUGUAGAGAAGGCUGUACGUAUUUUUGAGGUGGAGAUGCACAACACUGGGGUUAGCCCAAAUACGUCAACCUGUAAUUCAAUGAUUGCUAUGUUUUGCCAUCAUGGUCAGGAACAAAAAGCCUUGAAUGUCCUCAGGUACAUGGAAAAAUCAGGCCUUUGUAAGCCUGAUGUUCAGACAUACUACCCGUUGCUCAAGGUGUGCCCUAAAACUGGGAAUACGGACAGUUUUUUGAGUAAAUUAUUGGAUGACAUGGUCAAUAAGCAUCACCUUUGUCUUGAUAUAUCAACCUAUGCACUUCUUAUUCAUGGGCUUUGCCAAGCAAAUAAAUGUGAGCGGGCUUACUCACUCUUUGAGGAGAUGAUUGGUCAAGGGAUCUCUCCUAGAUAUCAGACAUAUCGUUUGCUAUUGGAUGAAGUCAAACAGAAGAAUAUGUAUGAUGCUGCUGAAAGGAUUGAAGGUUUGAUGAAAAAGUUAUAAGUUGUUCGAGUAACAAGCAUGUCAAGGCAAAGAGAAUUGGCAUUUUAGUGUUGUAUCAUCAAAGGCAUACAACAAAGCAGGCAAGGCCACAGGACAUCUGCAAUCACCAGCAGUAAUCCAAAUAAGAGCUUUGGAGGGAUUGGGAAUAUUCAUGUACGAAAGGUAUCAAUACUCACCAGGCUGCACACGAAGACUGUCAAUUGUGGGACAUAUUAAGUUCAUGCUUUCCCAUGUCACCUACUUGAUAAACAACUUGCAUUUGAUGGACUGGGAAGGAAAAGCGAGGUUUUUUUUUUCCUCGUGGAGAAUUUUAAAUGCAUCUGCGUAUAACUAAUUGAGGAUUCUGCAAACCAUCUUAAUUGGAAUCACAAAUGAUCAUCAUUAGACUGUUUCCAAGUAGCAAAAAGGAAGGUAAGAAGCUUUUGUGCGGAGUGGUUUCUGUUUCUCUGAUUGAGAAUGAAAGGGUUAAAGCCACAAAGAUGGUGCUUUCUCUCAAUGGAAUACUCUUGGGUGUAUGGUUUCAUUUGAAAAGUAGCAGGAAUGAUUUCUAUGGUGCAGUCAGGGAGACAUUACACCUCCAUUAGAGGACUGGUGGCCCUUGUUCCGAGACCGAGCCAAACAUCGUCGAGCCAGUGCUACGGUCUACAUUCUAUCAAUCGGUGUUGGAGCAUUAAUGUUUAAUGUGCUUGAAGAUAUUGGAUGCUCAUGGAUUGUGGUCUAAACACCUGACACCUCUAUACAGCACUGGAGUCCAUACAUAGUUAUGGAAUUCGCACCAGAUUCUGUAUGCGGGUUACACUGCAAAUUUAAGUUAAAAGGCUCCACUCCACUUUUGCAAUACGCAGACCUGCUUUAUCAUAGUUGAUAUUUAAAUUGUUCGAGAUGAAGUUACAGAUCAAAGGUAAUUUACACAGUUGGACUUCAUUUUACUGAGUUCCGAGAUACUUAUCGAACUAGUCAAUUUCAUUUCUGUAUGUGCAUGUAAUAUAUAAUAUAUAUUUAUUGAUUGAUCUUAUAGAACACUUUCCAUCAGCGUGAGUUCUUGUUUAUGUAGAUGCUGA